AUGGUAAGAUGCUAUGAUGCGUGGUCACAGUCUUCAGGGGGCACUGCUCACCUGCGCAAGCUGUGGUUCACAGCCAGCCUGCUGUCAUCCCUCCAGUGCUGCAACGGCAGUGUUGUCUGCUGGCCAUAUAGUGCUUGCCGAUUAGUGAAUGAAACCUGCGGAUUCGAUAAAAAGCUUGGUGUACAAAACUCCCGGGAUCAUGUGGACCUCUUGAUACAGCAUGCGCAUGAAAUUACUGGAAACCUCACCACGCUACACAUUGGCACGAAUCAGCUAUUGGAUGAGGAGCUGCAAUGGUAUCAGCAACUUCAGAGACGCAUCCGCGAAGAGACGGCAGGUGCGAAGGCGUUGAGCCUGGUGUUUGUCGAGCCGCAGCCGGCGGCAAUGCAUCGCCUGAGGGAGAGGGCGCGGCAGAUUGAAGAGGAAGGCGCUGAGAUCACAUUCAUCGAGGCCGCGCUGUGCCAUGAGAAUGCCCAGGAUCAGGUCUUCUACAUCCUUACUGACAGGCUCUACGAGGAUUUCCCUAACUACACAAUCCCCAGGGACAGGAUCGGUUUUCUCAGCUCGUUCUCCAAGAAUCGCAUUACAGAAAUGGUUUUGCAAUAUGCCAGUGAGCAAGACUUUCUUUCAAGGCCCGAGCUCUUGGACUACUAUGUUGACAAGGUUUCAGUAAGGUGUUGGGAUGCUUUGGAGCUGCUGAGGCAGGCUGCGCUCCCCCCUACGGAGAUCCAUAUGCUCGUCACAGACUUGGAAGGCUAUGACACACAGUUCCUGCCUUUCUUCUUUGCAAUGGACGGCUUUCUCCCGCUUUCCUUAACCUUCGAACACUAUGGCCAGCUAUUGCCAGGCGUAGUGACACAAUGGACCAUCAAGGAGCUGGCUCACAGAGGCUAUAUCGUAUACUGCCACAGACAGGACAUCAUUGCAAUUCGACUUGGACCGGACAGUUUCGACGCCACGCAUCGAAUCCACAGCUUGUACAGAUCUGCCCGCGCACGGGUCGCCUCCCUCCCUACCUUUGAAGAACAGCGGCAACGUUUUAGAGAACGCGGGCCGAAGUCAGUCGAGACGUUUGCCUGGCGUUUUAUUUCGCCUUGUUUGCCAAUCGUGUUGGCAACCCAUCGGUUUGGUGACAUCGGAGAGGAUUGCCCUUCAACAUCCCAGCUUCCCAAAAUUGGAGGUGGAGGAGGACCGCUGCAGCUUCCUGCUGGAAGUGUCCUGGCAGUGGGAGCUCAGAGCUUGCAGGCUUUGGUCAAUUUCAGCCCGUGGCUCCGGUCCAAGCUGGUGUUAGUCGUGGGAAGACCGAGCUCUCCAUCAACAUUGCCAAGCUUGCGAAAGCAAAUCCGCGAUUUGCUGAAGAGUCGGUUUGUUCUCCACGUUUUCAUGCAGGGUCCUGAGUUGUCACAUCCAGACUACGAGGCUCUGCCUCUGGGCUUGGACCCUCACCUGCAGCUGGACCGUACAGAAGCCCGCAAGCAAAGCAACCUGCUCCGCAUCAAGAUUGGUGAAGGUCCUUGGAAGAGAAGCCUCGGAGACAAUAAAUCGGCUGCCAUCGCUAAUGCGCGCUACGUCAUGCGAGAAGGCGAGACUGGUGAUCUGACUGAGUCAUGCUGCUGGGAGGCCCUAGCCUUUGGAACAAUCACGAUUUCCAAAUAUGCCAAAGAGCUUUACGCGCCGAUCUUUUGCAAAGGUGCGGUGCUGGUGCAUGAUGACGAAGAUCUCCGGCAGCUCUCGCUUUCCCUUCCAAGUCAGGGCGCAGCAUUGUACAAGAAACCGUCGCGGGAUCAGUUGCUGGUAGCGUUUUGGAAGCUGCGGGUGUCUCUGGCCAUGAAGAAAAUCAAAGGCGUUGCUUUGCCUACGGUUUGCGAGCUGCUGCGGGGCUAG